CUUUCGCAUUUUAUCGACUGAAGCAAGCCGCGAUUUGCUGGGAUUUCGUUCGGAGAGGUGAGUUUCUCGAACCCUAAUCCGCUUCUCUCCUACGAUUUUGCUGAGAUUUCGUUCAGAGAUGGCUCGUACUAAACAGACUGCUCGUAAAUCCACUGGAGGAAAGGCUCCUAGGAAGCAACUUGCAACCAAGGCUGCUAGGAAGUCUGCACCAACUACUGGUGGGGUGAAAAAACCUCACAGGUACCGCCCUGGUACUGUUGCUCUUCGGGAAAUCCGCAAGUACCAGAAGAGUACUGAACUCCUGAUCAGGAAGCUCCCCUUCCAGAGGCUUGUCAGGGAGAUUGCUCAAGAUUUCAAGACUGAUCUGCGAUUCCAGAGUCAUGCUGUUCUUGCACUCCAGGAGGCGGCUGAAGCUUACCUUGUUGGUCUUUUUGAGGACACCAACCUUUGUGCCAUCCAUGCCAAACGUGUGACCAUAAUGCCCAAGGACAUCCAGCUUGCCCGGAGGAUCAGGGGCGAACGUGCUUAGAUACAAUGGCCAUACGAUUGUAUCCCUUUGCCACCUAUAACUGUUCUGUGUCUUGCCGUCUAUUUGUUGUCUCUCGUGUAGUUAAUUAGUACCUAAUAUUUUGCUUAGUGGUUUUUAAGUGCUGGUGUCAAGGAUAUUAUUUCGUUUGUCAACUGAAGUGUCUAAUGUUUCCGGGGUCACACCUCUGGUGUUAAACAAUGUUCAAUGUUAUCUUGUUUGUAAAUGCACUCCCAUGUGUUUGUUUUCUGGCACACAACUAAAAUUUACUCUUUUUUGGUGGAGUGCAAUUUUACAGAGUAUAAUCCUUCUCCCAUUCAAGUUUUCAUGUAACUGAGGUGUUUGCUCUUUUCGUUUCGAAAUCGUCAUUGUUUCAGUUUUUUCAAAUGGAAAAUUUUGAAUGAAGUUUUUUGGAACAU